AUGAAGGAGGAAGACACUCCAGUCCAGAUUUCAGAGAUGAAAGAGCACACACAGGUCAAAGAGGAAGAUGUGGAUGUGUCUAUUACUCCAGACAAAAAGAAAGAAACUUCCAACAGUGCUGAAGUCCCCAAAUCAGAACCAACCAGUGAUUCUGAGCUGUUCCCAUCCUCACCUACAGCUGAGGAGAGUGUGAACCAAAGCAUUGAUGAUGAUGAAUGGAAUGAGGUUGAUGGAGCUUCAUCACCUGAUCAGGGUCCCAGCAUUGAAGUAAUUGUGAACCUGGAGCAGCCUGCAAGGGAUGAAAAAAUGUGCCGUUUUUGUGGCAGGAAUUUCAGAAAAGACUCUUCUCUUAUAUGGCAUGUACACAGAACUCACAAAGGGCAGAAAGCUUUUAAAUGUCUGAAGUGCAACAUGGAGUUUGACCAAAGGUCACAUCUGGUCAAUCAUACAAAAAAACACACAGCAGUUAAAAAAUCAUUCAAGUGUGAUUUCUGUGACAGAACAUUUGCCCAGAACUCAGGUUGUAUUGUCCACAUGAGGGUGCACACUGGAGAAAAACCAUAUUUUUGUAAGAAUUGUGGCAAAAGUUUUGCUAUUAGCAAACAUUUAAAGUUAUGCAAAUUGCAGAAUAAAUUUAAGAGACCAUCAGAAAAAGUGGACACAGAGGAGAACCUUAAAGAGGAGAAACGCUUCAGUUGCUUUGGAUGCAGCAAAGAGUUUCGAUACAAGUACCAGCUAAUUCAGCAUGCCAGAAUUCACACUGGAGAAAAACCUUUUAGUUGUGAGAUCUGUGGUAAAACCUUUGCUCAGAGCUCCACUCGAAAUACUCACCUGAGGGUACACAGUAAAGAAAAACCAUACUUUUGUAAGAAUUGUGGUAUAAGUUUUAGGAGUAAGGAGCAUCUAAAAUUCUGCACAAGCAAAAGCAGGGAAAAGACAUUUCGUUGUGAAACAUGUGGCAAAACCUUUCACACAAGGUCACAGCUGGAGGUGCAUUUUGAGGUUCAUGAGGCGUGGAAACAACACAUCGUUGAAAAAGUACAAGAAUCUAAGUUAGAAGACAAAAAUCCAACAAGCCUGUAA